CAUGGCUACCUGUUCAUUUCCACUCUCUCUUAUCCCAUUCGAUCACCACAUAGCUGAUGAAGCAGAAUGUUUCCAUGGCGAUUACCAUUUCAACUGCUCUACUUCUGCAUUCCCCUGUCUCUCCUUGUUCUUUCCCACCUCUUCACUUCCGGGCUGGAAGAAUAUCUGUGCAGAGAAGAUGUUUGCUUCAAUCUUGGACCAGAAGAACGAGACCCAUAUGUUUUUCUCUUGUUGAAGUUCGUCCGAAUGUCCAAAAGGAAGACAUUGUCGUCGUCGGAGCUGGAAUCGCAGGUCUCGCAACCGCAUUGUCCCUUCACAGGCUUGGAGUCCGGUCAUUGGUGCUCGAGCAAGCGGAGUCGCUUCGAACUAGUGGAACCUCACUGACUCUCUUCAAGAACGGAUGGAGUGUGUUGGAUGCAAUUGGGGUUGCCGAUGAACUCAGGACCCAGUUUCUUGAAAUCCAAGGGAUGGUGGUAAAAUCAGAAGAUGGAAGGAAACUGCGUUCCUUCAAGUUCAAGGAGGAAGCUGAAGGCCAAGAAGUCCGUGCUGUGGAAAGGAGGAUACUUCUGGAGACUCUUGCCAAUCGGUUGCCGUCAGAUUCAAUCUGUUUUUCUUCUAAGCUAGCAAAGAUUGAAAAAACUGGAACUGGUGAAACACUGUUGGAACUUGUUGAUGGGACCCAAUUACUUGCAAAGGUUGUUAUUGGUUGUGAUGGUAUCCGGUCACCAAUAGCAAAGUGGAUGGGAUUCUCAGAGCCUCAUUAUGCUGGGCAUUGUGCCUACCGUGGGCUUGGAUUCUACCCCAAUGGCCAGCCAUUUGAACCCAAUGUGAAUUAUGUCUAUGGAAGGGGUUUGCGUGCUGGAUUCGUUCCAGUUUCACCCACGAAAGUUUAUUGGUUCAUCUGCUUCAACAGCCCAUCUCCAGGUCCAAGGAUUGAUGACCCUUUUAGUUUGAAGAAGGAAGCUCGAGAGAUGAUCAAAGGCUGGCCUUCAGAGCUGUUAAAUGUCAUUGACAUGAGUGCCGAGGACACCUUGAGUAGGACACCUCUUACAGACCGGUGGUUAUGGCCAAUUAUAAGCCCUUCAGCGUCAGCGGAUGGAGUUGUGCUGGUGGGUGAUGCAUGGCAUCCCAUGACCCCCAAUCUUGGGCAAGGAGGUUGUUGUGCACUGGAGGAUGCCAUAGUUCUAUCAAGAAAACUUGCAGGUGCACUGAAGUCUGGACAUACAUCUGUGGAUGAUGCUUUAAGAUUAUACACCACAGAGAGAUGGCCCCGUAUCUUUCCAUUAACAAUACGUGCAAACCUUGUUGGAGCACUUUUACAGUGGGAGAAUCCUGUAGUUUGUGAUAUCCGGAAUAGCAUUGUUGUGCCUAAGCUAGUCAGGUUGCGCCCAUUGUUGGAGCAUACAAAUUUCACCUUUGAGCCUUUGAACUAGAACCAUAAAGAGUUUGAUUCCGGUCAAUUGAACAUGAUUCUGGGGAAGAUUUAAGCGAAAGGUCAUAUACAGCCCAAAUGCCAUUCAACCAAAGUUCAUUUCUUCUUUCAGACUCAGCAAAUGGUGAGUUGUUUCAUGUUAGAAGUACAUACAUGUUUGCAGUUUCUAAUGCACAGGAACUUCUCUACUCUUCUAGUAUAUCUCAAGAUGUAAGGUGGAAAACUAACUAUUCAUAUCAGGUGGUGGUAUAUGUGAAUACAUCAGGAAAAAAUUACUCCUGUACUGAAUCAGAUAUAGAACAAUUUU